CGUACAAAAGACUUCUACGAUUGGCAUACAAAUAGUAAGCGACGAACCUGUACCAACUUAUACCAACCCUGAAGACCACAAUGAAACAUAUUAUACUCAACCAUAUGUCGUCUAGACAAGCUCUACAGUUUCUGCAUGAGUGUGAGUGCGCAUGUGAGUUUGUUUGUAUGAUAAUUAAUUUGAGUCUUUUUUUCGUCACCCGAUUGGAUUUGGAGCAAUUCCUUGAUGAAGUCGAUAAAACACACUCCAAUUAGAGUAUUGUUUGCACGCUGGUGAUGAAAAGCCUAGCAGACUUGUGAAGAACCAUUGACUGUUGACAUCAUUUUCAUCAAAAUAAUCCCGGACAUAGGAUGAGUGCGUUCUGUUGUUGCUGCUUUCGAUAAAUGUAUUAGAGAGUGCCCUUCAUUCGUUGCCCUUUAUCAAUUGUUGCGUGUAGUUUUAUUCAAUUCCGUGUUGCUAAUCAAUUAUUAGUAAACCAUUCAAACAUGGUUUUCUAGACGCUACACGGUAACAAAAUACAUCUUCUCAUAGUCACAUUGUACCCGUGCCAACGUGAGCAGUAGUUUGUUUUGCUGCUGAUUUCAUACGCUACGGAUGCACAUUUUCACCUCUCCCGUCUGUGAUAAAAUUCUUCAGAUAGCAAACAACACAUACGACACACGCGUGGUGUUUGCCGAAAAAGGGUUAGAGAAAACGCGUAAAGCCGCUAACGCAACAUGAAACACUCGUUGCAUUGUUACUAUCAGUGAAAGGGCGGCGAUGAUGGUGCUGCUUGCGCUGGUACUGCAACUGAAGCUUCCCGUCGACUCGAAACACCGUACAUUGGUUCCUAUCAGCCAUCAUCGGUAUUAGCAUCAAGAUAGGGACAAGCAUCGAGUACUACCCGGUUUUGCUAGUCGUACACUGUGUGAUGAGGCGCUGAAAAAGUGCAUACAAAAGCGCUGCACUAGGGAACGGGAAUUCGAUUGGUUGCGAUUCGAUAAGCUUCCUGCUGUGACCCGAUUAUCAGCUACAAGACCCAUCCGGGAAGGGUGCUGUACGAUGAAUCUUGUGUUCCUCCACUUGGUCACUAGCUAGGUAAUAUUGAACCAGUCAGCACAACGAGAUAUUUAUGAAAAAUGUGUAUAAAUUAGCCUUCAAAAUACACAAUAAAUUCAAAAGUGUGAAAUAUACUAUGUGAUAAGUCAUAAGCAAAGCUUCGUUCCUUAAACUCCUAUAAACAAUGUGUGUGCGUUAGAAGUGCAUCGGGUUGUGAGUGCGAAUGUGUAUGUUCUUUUCCAGUAACAAAGGCUAACCAUCAGCUGCAAAACGUCGUCGGCAGGGGAAGUAACAAAAAUCUCAGCAAAUAUGUUCACCAGAUUCGAUGCAAAUAAAUCCACCAAAGGCGCUUCGAAGCUGAGGCGCGAUCUAAUCAAUUCCGAGAUUGCAAACUUGCGCGAUCUCCUCCCGCUUCCCCAAUCUACCCGGCAGCGGCUUUCACAGCUCCAGCUCAUGGCACUAGUGUGUGUGUACGUGAGAAAAGCUAACUACUUCCAACAAGUGUUCAAACGUAGCAUCGAAAUCGGUUUACAUUCGGCGCCAACACCAAAUAUAGGAUUUUCUAAGGCACUAUCUGGAUUCCUUAUGAUGCUCACACAGAACGGAAAGCUGCUGUACAUUUCUGAUAAUGCUGCCGAAUAUUUGGGCCACUCGAUGGAGGACCUACUCAUACACGGUGAUUCCGUUUAUGAUAUUAUCGACAAGCAGGAUCAUGGUGCGAUCCAGAGCGAGCUAAGUCGUGGAGCUUCGCAGCACGCGGGUCACCAUCACCAUCAUCACCACCUUCACCACCAUCAUCACCAUCACCAGCAUAAUCAUCAGCAGCUUAGCAAUAAUCAUCACAAUCAUCACGGCCAUCAUCACCAUCUGCUGCAUCACGGACAUGGGAGCUCUCCCUCGCCUUCCGGUUCGUCCGUUGCUAGCUCCAGUGGUGGUGGUGGAGGGUCAUCGAGUUCGUCUGCGGGUUCGUCGCUUCUGGAUGGUGAGCAGCGAAUAUUUCUGUGCCGUAUGAACGUGAGCAGAAAUGCACGGCGCCAGAUGCGGUUUGGUGAUCAGAAGGUGGUACUGGUGCAGGGCCACUAUCUGUCCUAUCUGCCGCUGUGCAGCCGUAACGAGCCCGUCUUCAUAGCGACCUGCACCCCGAUCGCCAUGCCGGAAACGCGCGAGUGCGUCGUCCAGGGUGCGACCAACGUCUUCACUACGAUUCACUCGAUGGACAUGAAGGUGGUGCACAUUGACAAAAAUGGAGAAUUUCAUCUUGGAUACAGCCGAAGUGAACUUCAAGGAGUGUCGUGGUACCAACUGCUACACUGGGAAUCAACACGCGAAGCUCAAAGCAAACAUAGGCUGAUAACCCAAUCGGAGCAGGAUCGAUCUUGCAUUCUACUAGUGCGAAUGCAACGCCGUCAGAGCGACUUCCUGUGGGUGCACGUGGUGCUACAAGUACGUGACGGUCAAGACUCCAACCAACAGUCGGUGAUCGUGUGCACUAAUCAGGUGUUAAGCGAUCGUGAAGCAUCCGUAAUGCUGUCCAACUCGUGGCUCUAUCACUACUACACCGUUCAGUCGAAGAUGCAGUUCGGCAUACCGUUCGAAGGUGCCACCAGGAUACCACCGACCGCACCGUACUAUCAGCCGAGCGCGACCGGCCACAACCUUUCACCGAGCGGUGCGGGAACGUCGGGCGGUGGGGUAGCCCUGGCAUCCGGAACGUCGGGCGGAACGCUGACGGCCACCGGCCACGGGCCGUACACAGCACCACACCAUUCGCAUCAUCACGUUCCCGCUGUCUACGGGUAUCAUUCACCUUCCGGGCAGCAUCACAAUGGCGGAACGGUCACUCCGAUGCUGCACGCACACCAUCACCAGCAGGCCGUAAACAAUGGCGCCGGAUUGUCGACGGGUGGUGACGAGUAUGGAAAUCGGGCGGCAUACGGCUUUCGGUUGGACUCCACCGGCCAACCGGUAGACUAUAGCGGAGGACAUCCCACUCCACCGACAUCGGCACCACCGGCCAUUGGCAAUCCGGUAGCGAUUCCCAUUCCGGUCGUGCAAGUGACACCGCACAUUCGAUGUCACAAUGGAGGCGGUGGUGGUGGUGGUGGUGCAGGGAAUUCUUCCAACAGCGACCAAGGCGCAAGUGGCAACGGAUCCAGUGGGAAUGGAACUCCCAACAGUCAUCAAUCGAGCGGUGGGAGUGCAAGUGACCGUCAUAAUGGGACACCACCAGCGAAGAAACGAAACAUUAACCGGCUAGAACCAAUCUACAUCCCGGAAAAUGGACAAUCUGAGUCGACCGAAGUUUCCGCGAUAGAGCUACAGACCAACUCUGCGGCAUUACAUCAGCAAGACAACGCCGGGACGGGAGGUGUUGCUAAUGGACUCAAUCACCUGAGCAGCUCUAUCGAUGGUGGAGGAUCACUCGGAAAUGGUAGCGGGCAAGGUGGUGGAGGUGGUGGUGGAGUGGGGUUGCAGACGAUGCUAUUAGGCAGCCGCACUUCCAUCGGGCGGUUACACUCCAAAUCCGCGCUCCUUCCCACCACGGUGUCGAAUCUCUCCAACGAACCAACUGACUUCAUGGAACAAUGGAACCCAAGUCCACCGUGGUCAGAUACUACCGCCCAGAAGGUGCCAGACAUCACGCACCAAGAGCUGUCCCCGUACAUGACUACAACACCUCCAACGCCGACCAGUGCGCCGCAUCAGCAUCACACUGGCGGUUAUCCGACGGCAACCACGUUCUCCUUUGAUUGGAUGCCGGAACAGUUUGUACCGAUCGCAACCGACUGCACAGGCAGCACGCUCGUGCCAGUGACCAGCAAUGCAGUGUCGCAGACGGCAGGUUCUGGCACAUCCUCAAUUUCCUGUCUGUCCGCUAACAGUAGCCAUGUCAGUUCGGCAGCGGGAAACAUGGGCUGUGUGCUUCCUCCCAGCUGUCUCACGCAGGAAGGGUUACCGAUCCCCGGACUAGCGUUACCUAUGCCUGUGCCGCUGCAAAUACCUCCCCCUCCUUGGCCAUCGGACCAUCGGCUGUUGGCACUGGAUGGUGCGGCAGGAUCGACGACGGCAUCCGCAUCACCGGGAAGUGGUUCGGUAGUGGAACGAAAGCCUCUGGACGACCAUCAGGAUCAGCGAAGAUCUCACUGACCCACGAUCACAGCUAGCUAGCCUACACUUCAAAGCAGUCAGCCGUGGGAAGGGUAUUACGGGAUAGGCGUUUAAUUUAUUUAUUUCCUAACGCGUAUGCACUACUCUUAUGUAAGGAUUUUUUUUAAUUAAUGAGUAGCACGUUCGAACGAACUGUACAUCUUCCGCAUCAGUAUUUGUUAUUAGCAAAGGUUUCAAGCGCAUCGAUGGAGAGAGCAUUUCCUACCAUUGCUGGCGUUUAUGUGCAUUUUACGUAUGGUUAAUUUAUUUAAAAAAGGCAAAUACAAUUCGCUUGUUAGUCGCAAUGGAUAUCAACUGUGUUUGUGGAUAGUUCAUUUUACCGUUGGACAAUAUUUAUUUUCCCUGUUGAAGUAACUCUUCGACGCAAAAGCCGAUGUAGGGAAUGCGCAUAUUUGUUGAUUGUGUACAUACAAAACAUAAUGUUGUUGUGUUUAAUGUGAAUAAACUCGCAGAGCCCGUACCGUACUAAGGGUAGGCUUACGCUUGACUUCCGUCCGAUGUCAUCCGUCCGAAUGGUUAGAUUAGUUACAAAAGUAUUCUAUACGAUACGAAUACCCGAUACGUGGCGAUAUCAAAUAGUGCACUUCCUUUUCUUAGUGAUUAAAUUUUGUUAUACCUAUGAUAUAAUGGAAUGAAUGAGACAAAUGAGAAAACAAUGCAAAAUAGUUUCUUUUUA